AUGCGCUUCACCAUCCUCGCCUCUGCAGUGCUUGCACCUCUAGCUGUUCUGGCUGCUCCAGCCGAGUUACAUAGCAGAUCAGACGUACUCGCGGCCCGCCAGGCGCGCCCUACAAAGCCAGCACCAUGCGUACGUGUGAUGAACACAACCGAAUUACAGACAGCGAAACGCGCUGAUGCCUUCGCACAAGCCUUUAUCUACAAGCAAGAUAUCAGUGAGGCGUUUAAGUACAUCUCGAAAGACUAUAUUAACCACAACCCUCUUGCACAGAACGGGUCUGACUCCGCAUGGAACAUUCUCUCCCCAAUUUGGGCUUCGCAGAACAUUACACCGUUACGUACAGCUUUUAAGAACCCACAAAGCUGGCUCAACUACCAAACCGGGAGUUUUGGGGAGGUUGUUGACCGGUUUCGUUGGGAAGGCGGAUGCAUCGUUGAGCACUGGGACCAAGGAGAGAGGUUUCCAGCGCAAUACGCUUAG